ACGCCCUUGCUUUUGCACCGGUUAGGGUUAGAAAUUAAAAUUUCAAUUUGAUUAGUCUGGUCCUCCACUUUGCAAGCUUCAAUCGAUCGGUGUACCUACUGCUGCGUAUUUGCGACUACGGUACCUUCUGCUGCGUAUUUACGAGGUCAUCACUCAAUCGAACCCUUACUGACUUGGGUGAGCUUGGGCACAAUUAAACGGACUUUAAUAUCUCCUCGGAACUUCGAAACAUGCCUACUACAGCCGUGGAAGCGAAGAUCGCGCCGUCGAUGCUAUCGUCGGACUUCGCCAAUCUGGCUUCAGAGGCUGAGCGCAUGGUCAGCUUCGGUGCCGAUUGGCUUCACAUGGACAUAAUGGAUGGGCAUUUUGUCCCAAAUCUUACAAUUGGUGCUCCAGUGAUUGCGAGUUUAAGAAAGCACACAAAGGCAUAUCUGGAUUGCCACCUUAUGGUAACAAAUCCUCUUGAUUAUGUUGAUCAAUUAGGAAAGGCUGGUGCUUCUGGUUUCACAUUUCAUGUUGAGGUUUCUAAAGAUAAUUGGCAAGAAGUUGUUAAAGAAAUCAAGUUGAAAGGCAUGCGGCCUGGUGUGGCAUUAAAACCAGGAACACCCAUUGAGGAUGUGUAUCCCCUGCUUGAAGGUGAAAAUCCUGUUGAAAUGGUUCUUGUCAUGACUGUGGAACCUGGAUUUGGUGGGCAGAAGUUCAUUCCAGAUAUGAUGAAUAAGGUGCGCACAUUGAGAGAAAAGUAUCCGAAACUUGAUAUAGAGGUAGAUGGAGGUUUAGGGCCUUCAACGAUUGACGAGGCAGCUGCUGCAGGUGCAAACUGCAUUGUUGCUGGGAGUUCAGUUUUUGGAGAUCCAGAGCCGGCUCGAGUUAUAUCUCUACUCAGAACAAGUGUCAACAAGUGCUUGAAACCCAACUUUAUAUAGAGACUCAGCAACCACAUCAAAACAUGAUCCGAUCCGACUUUAUAUGAGUUGCUUAAUUUGCUAUGUUGAUUCAUUGUGCUAUUAUUGUACUCUAUAUGUAUUAUCUAUUAUGUAGAGUAGUUUUGUUUCUUAUGAAAUAAUGAAUGAUAUGCUGUUAUUCACUUGUAUUGCAAUUACAAGUGCCUCUAAUGAAUCAGUUGCUAAAACUACA